AGUGAAAUUAAAGAUUAUAUUCAGCCAGAAAAAUGAAAAAAAGAUAAAAUAGAAAUUAGUGGCCCUUCUCCCAGUCUCUUACUCUGUUUCAUUCUGUAUCCAACCUGCCUUUACUCUAUAUAUGGCAUGAGAGUUAUGGCCUUCUGAAUCACACCCUCUCUCACUCUCUAUUUGAGCAUCUCUUCGCUUCUUCCCCUUCUAACAUUUUCUCCUUCUCUUUUGUAAAAGUUUCAAAAACAGAAUUUUGAGGCUUCACAGUAUCAGUAUGGGAAGCACUGAGGGAACCAACUAUGGGGCUUUUACCUAUGAGAAUCUUGAGAGGGAACCUUACUGGCCAUCUGAGAAGCUCCGAAUUUCCAUUACUGGGGCUGGUGGUUUUAUUGCCUCCCACAUUGCUCGCCGUUUGAAGAGUGAGGGCCAUUACAUUAUUGCUUCUGAUUGGAAGAAGAAUGAGCACAUGACAGAAGAUAUGUUCUGCCACGAAUUCCAUCUGGUGGAUCUAAGGGUCAUGGAUAAUUGCUUGAAGGUGACAAAGGAUGUAGACCAUGUGUUUAACCUUGCUGCUGAUAUGGGUGGGAUGGGCUUCAUCCAGUCCAACCACUCUGUCAUUAUGUAUAACAACACAAUGAUCAGCUUCAACAUGCUUGAGGCUGCUAGGAUCAGUGGAGUUAAGAGGUUUUUCUAUGCCUCUAGUGCUUGUAUUUACCCUGAAUUUAAGCAGCUGGAUACAAAUGUGAGCUUGAAGGAAUCUGAUGCCUGGCCUGCAGAGCCUCAAGAUGCAUAUGGCUUAGAGAAACUUGCUACAGAGGAGUUGUGCAAGCACUACACAAAGGACUUUGGAAUCGAAUGUCGUAUUGGAAGGUUCCAUAACAUUUACGGUCCCUUUGGAACUUGGAAAGGUGGCAGAGAGAAGGCACCUGCUGCUUUUUGCAGAAAGGCUAUCACUUCCAUCGACAAGUUUGAGAUGUGGGGAGAUGGACUUCAAACUCGAUCCUUCACCUUUAUUGAUGAAUGUGUGGAAGGUGUGCUGAGAUUGACCAAGUCGGAUUUCCGAGAGCCAGUAAACAUUGGAAGUGAUGAAAUGGUUAGCAUGAAUGAGAUGGCUGAUAUUGUUCUCAGCUUUGAGAACAAGAAGCUCCCUAUCCAUCACAUUCCUGGCCCAGAAGGUGUACGGGGCCGUAACUCGGACAACACUCUGAUCAAAGAGAAGCUUGGUUGGGCUCCCACAAUGAAGCUGAAGGAUGGCCUGAGAAUUACAUACUUCUGGAUUAAGGAACAGAUUGAGAAAGAGAAGGCUCAAGGUAUAGAUUUGUCCAUUUACGGAUCAUCUAAAGUGGUGGGAACUCAAGCACCAGUUCAACUGGGUUCACUUCGGGCUGCUGAUGGCAAAGAAUGAAGUAGUUGAAGUUACAAUGCCCGUCCAGUUGUGAAUAAGAAGCUGAAAUUUUCUAUAUGAUAUGGUUAUGGAUAUGCAGUAUUGCACUUGUAAGUUGUCUAUGGUUGUGGAGCAGUAGGGUGGUAUUUGAGUAAGCUCCCAUCAUUAGCUUAAAUUAUUCGGUUCUUAGUUUGUCUCAGGUUGCUACAUUUCAGCGAAGUUGUCAUUCUCUCAUUUCAUCAAAUGUCUUGCUUUUGCUUUGGCAAUAGUUGGCUAAAUUCUAUC